AUGGCAUCCAAAGUAGCUGUCGCAUUUGCUCGUCCACCCUUUGAGGCUGGCGCGAAACCUUCCUUCUCCAUGGCGACGUUGGUGUCCAAUAACGAGCCCAUCACCGCGUCCAACUCACUGUCCGGAAACUCUAUCACCAGCUCCGAACCCCUCUCUUUGUUUAAAACCUCCAAACCCGAGAGCCUGAGCUCGAUUGCCAGCGCCGGCCUACACGUCUCGCGAUCCAGAGAUCAGCUUCCUCCGAUGACAAGUCCAACCUCAGUACCGGCGGAUCGGCCGGAGCAUGAGAAGGAUGCCGAACGAAACAGCUCACAGGUGGCCCGAGAGGCUCUGGGUGCUAGCGAAAAGUCGCCAGGUGGCUUGGUUCAUGAGCCUUCGGUCCAUACAUCCCCGGAGCAUAUGCAAAUCGACUCGCACGCGACCGAAUCACCAUCGGACCCUUACGGAUCAAAUGAUCAUCAUCACGACUCACUAAUACAUACCUCGACUGUAGCUAGUCCUGGCCCCAUUGAGGAAUCCAAUUCUCAGGAUGGUGAUCGACGGUCGCGCGAUGACUCCGAGAUCGAUCACGAUGGCAAAGCUUUCUCAUAUCCAAUGCCUACGGGUAACAUUAACGAUCCGCGUCGCGGGCUGAGCCUACCGAACGCAGGCUACAAUCGAGGCAGCCCUCGCUCUCCAUCGGCGAAGAAACACCGCUGUCCAUACUGCGCAACAGAAUUUACGCGGCAACAUAAUCUCAAGAGCCAUCUGCUCACCCACAGUCAGGAAAAGCCUUUCGUUUGCCAAACUUGCCAGUCACGGUUCCGAAGACUACACGAUUUGAAGCGUCACACAAAGCUGCACACCGGCGAGCGACCACACAUCUGUCCUAAAUGUGGACGUCGUUUCGCCCGAGGUGACGCGCUUGCUCGGCACAAUAAAGGACAGGGAGGCUGCGCGGGUCGGCGUGCGAGUAUGGGCAGCUUCGCGGGAGACGAUGAGUAUGGCGAUGGCACGGCUGGGGGACCCGACGAUAUGGAUGGGUUGAUGUACACAGCCGAACCUGAGCGCAUGGACGAAGAAGACGAACGACGAAUGACCAUGCCCAGCAUUCGCAAGCAUGAAGCAGAUACAGUUGCUCGGUCUGACUCAAUUCACUCACGCCAGUCCAACACUUACCCGCCAAUUGCUGCCGGUCGUCCCAGCCACCUUUUCCCACCCCCAGCCAAUCAUGGGCUCACCUCGAGCUCAUCUAUCUUUCCUUCCAACAAUAUCAGUGACAGUCCUAAACCGUUGUCCCCGAAUGCUCUUUCAUCGCAACAUGAUAGUGCGCCGCCACAUCGCGCACACUCUCCCGGUUUAGGACAGUCCUUGCCACACCCGCAGUCCUCUUACGGGCGAGCCAAUCAAGCUUCGAACCACGCACCACCUACUUUAGGCCUACCCCUGCCGCAGCCAGGUGCGCCCCAGCUGCCCCCGCCGCCGGGUAUGACUUCCCCGGAUGCUCGAUUUGGCAUGCAAGCUGCAACCAAACACACUCCUUCCCACAGCCACUCCAGUACCCACAGUCUAUCUCAUCUCAAGGGCUUCGAUGGAUCGGAUGCCAAUUCAAAUGACGCCAGUCAAAUCGACAAGCUUUGGGCGUACGUGCGCACAAUGCACGAUGAGUUGACUGGUCUGCGCACAGAAGUUGCCGCUUUACGGGCGCACGUUGCCUCGUCCAACUCGGUGCCUCCAGCUCCAGUGGAAGUGAACUUGAAUAACUCCGGACCGCGGUGA